ACACAAAAACAUCCAUCCGAACUUCAUGCAGCGGAUCUCUCCUUUAAAAAAAAAGAAAAAAAAUGUUGAAUUUCAGCCUCAACUAUUUCUAAGAGUUACGUGGCAUUAAAAAAGAGUGAAAUCCAUCAGCCAAGCACAUAUUUAUAAUAUAAUACUAAAUCAAAAUUCAAAGUAACAAUCGAGUGAAAGAGAGCAAUAUCAGAAUCGAUAUGGAAUCAGAGCUCGGAGCAGGAUCAACAAUGGCGGUGAUGGUACUCUCUCCGACUGCGCUUCUUCUCUUCUUAAUUUCUCUUCAUCUGUUUGAAUCAUUGUUAUGGAAACCGGAAAGACUAAGAUCGAAGCUCCGUAAACAAGGAAUCGACGGUCCCUCACCUUCUUCUUCUCUCUUCGGAAACCUCUCUGAAAUCAAGAACAUCCGAGCCCUGACUUCACAGACGAAGAACACAGAAGACGAUUCGAUAACACAUAAUUGGACUUCGAAUCUCUUCCCGCAUUUGGAGCUGUGGCGGAAUCGAUACGGGCGGAACUUUGUGUAUUCAAGCGGGACGAUUCAGAUAUUGUGCAUAACGGAAAUGGAGACGGUGAAGGAAAUGAGUCUGUCAACGUCUUUGAGUUUGGGGAAGCCUGAUCACUUGUCGAAGGAUCGUGGGCCGUUAUUGGGCCUGGGGAUUUUGGCUUCAAGUGGCCCAAUUUGGGUUCACCAAAGGAAGAUCAUUGCUCCUCAACUAUAUCUUGAUAAAGUUAAGGUAAUAUAUCAAUUCUUGUAAAUUUUCCAAUAGCUUGAUUUGAACUUGGUAUGACUUGGACAAGUUUUAGGAGCAUUUUUCGGAAUGGUUUUGAAAUAGUUAAAAUCACUAUUAUCUUGGUCAAAAUUACUCUCAAACAUGUUUUUGAUAAUUUAAAAUUAGUUUCAUAUGUUUCAAAAUCGAAACGAUUUGAAUGGUUAAAAGCGCAUUUGGGAGUGAAUUUUGAGAUCGUUAGAAUCACCUUUAUCAUGUUCAAUAUCAAUUUAAUGUUUGAUUUUAUACUUUUUAAACACAGUUUUCAUGAAAAUAGAAUUUUAAUUAGUAAAAGCCCUUGUUUCAAAAUGAUUUUGAAGUCAUAAAGAUGAUUUUAUCCAUUUUAAAGUCACUCUUAAGUAUGCUUAUAUCCAAACAACUUUGCCCAUAAUUUGUCUUUGGGUUUUAAGCUUAGUUUCAAAAUCAGCUAACAUUAGAAUUCACUCAAUAUUGAAUGUCCAUGAUAAUAAGGAACAAGAUUGAAAUCCAAUGUGAUAAAAUGAUUAUAAUUCAAUUAACAUGUAGAAUGUAUUAGUGAUCAAGAGUUCCAUGGUUCAAAUCUCUCAGUCUUACUAGAUGUGGAGUAGCAUUUUUCAUAUCGUUCAUGUGCCUUGUAAUAAUUUAUGUUUGGUAUUCAUGUAAGUCCGCAUCUUACUUGUCACUUUGUCUAUAAAUAUUGGCAUUUGUGGAUCUCAAAAUAAUGCACAUUG